GAGGUGUUGAUAACUGCAUGAUCGCAUACCGUUGUGCAAUUCGCAACAUAAAACUUUGAUGCUAGAGCUCGGAAAAUUAUCAACUUGGUACUCACUCUGCGAAGUGUCAGCCAUACGAGAAGAGGUCCUGAGACUCCACCGCCAACUAAAGUGAAAUUAGUAGCUCUAGUCUGCUGCUUAUUUGGCGCAGGUGUUGCCUGUCUCUGACAUGGCCUCUCCAUGUGUGCAGCUGAGUCGGCGACAGCCGCCAUUCGGCGUGCUGCUGACCGCCCAGCAUGUGGGCGCGCCCGUGCAGUGGGCGGACCAGACGGCUCUGCGGCUCUCGGCCGAUCUCUGUCUGUCGUCGCCAGCCUCCGUGUGCCGCCAGCUGGCACGCCAGGCCGCCGACGCCGACCGGCUGUACGGCGUCUCGGCACUGGCGCGCACCACCGCCGACCACUGGCUGGGGUUCAGCGCGCGUGUCUCGGCAGCCGCCGGCCGGUCGCAGCUCGAGGCCUCGCUGGCUGAGUUCGAUUCGGUGCUGUUGACGCUGUCGUUUCUGGUCGGCGAGUCGGCCAGUGUGGCUGACUAUGCCGUGUGGGGCGCGCUGUACGGCAGCGGCCACUUCCAGGCGGCGCUGGUCGCUGGCACGGUGCCGAAAAAUGUGCUACGCUGGUACCGGCUCAUCGAAGAGCUGCCGGCGGUAAAGGCGGCUCUGGCCGCUCUGCCCGCCGAGCUGAAACCUCGAGCUGCCGCUGCACCCGCCGCCUCCGCCGCCGGCGCCACCAAUGCGCGCAAGGAGGAGGGCAAGUUUGUCGACCUGCCGGGAGCUGAGAUGGGCAAGGUAGUGGUGCGAUUCCCGCCGGAAGCGAGCGGCUACCUGCACAUUGGUCAUGCCAAGGCGGCACUGCUUAAUCAGUAUUACCAGAAGGCGUUCAAAGGACAGCUCAUCAUGCGCUUCGACGACACCAAUCCGCAGAAGGAGAAGGCCGACUUCGAGAAGGUGAUCCUGGAGGACCUGAAGCUUCUGGACAUCCACCCGGACCGCUUCACUCACUCGUCGGACCACUUCGACUUGAUGCUGCAGAUGUGUGAGCGGCUGCUGCGCGAGGGUCGCGCCUACGUGGACGACACCGAGCCGGAGCAAAUGAAGGCCGAACGCGAACAGAUGCAGGAGAGCGCUUGCCGUUCCAACUCGGUGGAGAAGAACCUGCAGAUGUGGCAGGAGAUGCUGGCCGGCUCCGAGGCCGGGCAGCGCUGCUGCGUGCGCGCCAAGAUCGACAUGAAGUCGCCCAACGGCUGCAUGCGCGACCCGACCAUCUACAGGUGUAAGCCAGAGCCGCACGUGCGCACCGGCACCAAGUACAAGACGUACCCGACGUACGACUUCUGCUGCCCGAUCGUGGACAGCAUAGAGGGCGUGACGCACGCGCUACGAACCACCGAGUACCACGACCGCGACGACCAGUACUUUUGGUUCAUCGACGCGCUCGGCCUGCGCAAGCCGCACAUCUACGAGUACAGCCGGCUGAACAUGACCAACACGGUGCUGUCCAAGCGGCGGCUGACUUGGUUCGUGGAUCAGGGCCUUGUGACCGGCUGGGACGACCCGCGUUUCCCCACCGUGCGAGGCAUCCUGCGCCGUGGCAUGACCGUCGAGGGACUGCGCCAGUUCAUCGUGGCGCAGGGCUCGUCCCGUGCAGUGGUCUUCAUGGAGUGGGACAAGAUCUGGGCGUUCAACAAGAAGGUAAUCGACCCGGUGGCACCGCGACUGACAGCCUUGCCGGCCGAGGGUGCCGUCACGGUUAACGUGAAUGGCGCCGUCGUGGAGGCCACGCAGGCAGCACGUCACCCCAAGAACCCUGACGUCGGAACGAAGACGGUGUGGACCGGCCCGCAGCUGCUGAUCGACGCUGCCGACGUGGACAUGCUCGUGGAAGGUCAGAACGCCACCUUCAUCAACUGGGGCAACCUGCGCAUCGACAAGGUGAACCGCUCUGGCGGCACCGUCUCUGUGGAGGCCACCCCACAGCUGGACAACAAGGACUUCAAGAAGACGCCGAAGCUGACCUGGCUGGCCGCUACAGACAAGGCGCCACUCAUCCCUGCCGUAUGCGUGUACUACGAGCACAUUAUCUCCAAGCCGGUGUUGGGCAAGGACGAGGACUUCAAGCAGUACGUGGCGCAGGACACGCGCUCCGAGCUGGUGAUGCUGGGAGACCCGGAGCUGGCCGGUGUGAAGCAGGGUGACAUCAUUCAGCUGCAGCGGCGCGGCUUCUUCAUCUGUGACUCGCCCUACCGACCUGCCAGUGUGCACUCGGGUCGCGAAAGCCCCUGUGUGCUCAUCUACAUCCCUGACGGACACGACGCCAAACCCGCGACUGGAGGUAAGGCAGCUAAGACGACUGCCACCCCAGCUGCCGGCAAGGGUGCAGCAGCUCCCGCUAAGUCGUCUCCUUCUGCUGGCGGGGAUGGCGCUGCCCUGAGUCAGAAGAUCGCUGAACAAGGAGAUAAGGUAAGGCAGCUGAAGUCUUCCAAGGCCGACAAGGCUACCAUCGAUGCUGCCGUGAAGGUAUUGCUGUCUCUGAAGGCUGAUUACAAGGCAGCCACCGGCCAGGACUGGAAGCCGGGCGCCGCUCCGGCUGCCAGCGGAAACAGUGCGGCUUCUGCAGCUGAUCUCAACGCACAAAUCACCGCGCAGGGAGACAAAGUGCGACAGCUGAAGUCUGCCAAGGCCGAUAAGGCUGCAGUAGACGCCGAGGUGAACGCGCUGCUCGCCCUCAAAGCCGACUUUAAAAAGGCCACCGGUCAGGACUGGAAGCCGGGCAUGACACUACCUGCUGCCGCUGCUGCUGCCCCUCCUUCUGGUGGAGGGGACGGGGCAGCCCUGAGUCAAAAAGUCGCCGAACAGGGGGACAAAGUCCGUCAGCUGAAGGCCGCCAAAGCUGACAAGGCCACCGUUGAUGCUGCAGUCAAGGUUCUUCUAUCUUUGAAAGCUGAGUACAAGGCAGCCACCGGCCAGGAUUGGAAGCCAGGCGCCGCACCGGCUCCUGCCCCUGCCGCCACCCCCGCUGCUGCCAGUGGGGACGGUGCAGCCCUGAGUCAGAAGGUGGCCGAACAGGGGGACAAAGUCCGUCAGCUAAAGUCUUCCAAGGCCGACAAGGCUACCAUCGAUGCUGCAGUGAAGGUGCUGCUGGCUCUAAAGGCCGAUUACAAGGCGGCUACCGGUCAGGACUGGAAACCAGGCGCGGCCCCCGCCCCCGCCGCCGCUGCCGCUCCCGCCGCUGCUAGUUCAGCCGACUCCAGUGCCGCCGGAGACCUGAACCAGCGCAUCAUCGACCAGGGCAACAAGGUCCGUGAGCUGAAAGCUGCCAAGGCCGAUAAGGUCUCAGUAGACGCCGAGGUAAAGACGCUCCUCAACCUCAAAGCCGACUUCAAGAAGGCCACCGGUAAGGAUUGGAAGCCAGGCAUGACACUACCUGCCGCCGCUGCCGCCCCUGCCCCCGCUGCCGCUGGCGGAGAUGGGACAGCCUUGAGUCAAAAAGUCGCCGAACAGGGGGACAAAGUCCGUCAGCUGAAGUCUUCCAAAGCCGACAAGGCUACCAUCGAUGCUGCCGUGAAGGUACUGCUGGCUCUAAAGGCCGACUACAAGGCAGCUACCGGUCAGGACUGGAAGCCGGGCGCCGCCCCCGCCCCCGCCGCCGCUCCCGCCGCAGGCGCCGCUAAAGGCGCGGACCUGCAGGCGCAGAUUGACGCACAGGGCUCCAAGGUCCGGGACCUGAAGGCGCGCAAGGCCGACAAGGCUGAGGUGGAUGCCGCCGUGGCCUCGCUACUCGACCUGAAGAAGGCCUUCAAAGAGCUGACCGGCCAGGAACCGGCGGCCAGCGGCGGCGGAGGACGCACGCCCAAGAAGCCCGCCGCUGACAAGAAGCCAGCUGAAAAGAAGCCUGCCGAGAAGAAGUCUGCUGAAAAGCCGGCUGCUGGCGAUGACGGGGGUCCGAAGAAGCAGACGCGUCUCUGCAUUGAGGCGAAGAAGGAGGAGGCGCUAUCAGACUGGUACUCCCAGGUGAUCACCAAGUCGGAGAUGAUCGAGUAUUACGACGUGAGUGGGUGCUAUAUCCUCCGUCCGUGGUCCUACUCCAUCUGGGAGAACAUCAAGGACUUCUUCGACGCCGAGAUCAAGAAGCUGGGAGUGGAGAACUGCUACUUCCCCAUCUUCGUCUCACACGCCGCCUUAGAGAAGGAGAAGACGCACAUCGCCGACUUCGCUCCCGAGGUGGCCUGGGUGACCAAGUCUGGUGACUCGGAGCUGGCUGAGCCGAUCGCCAUUCGGCCCACCAGUGAGACGGUCAUGUACCCGGCGUACGCGCGCUGGAUCCAGUCGCACCGCGAUCUGCCGCUCCGGCUGAACCAGUGGUGCAACGUGGUGCGCUGGGAGUUCAAGCACCCCCAGCCGUUCCUGCGCACCCGCGAGUUCCUGUGGCAGGAGGGUCACACGGUGUUCGCCAGCAAACCGGAGGCCGAUGAAGAAGUGCUGGCCAUCCUCGACCUGUAUCGGCGUAUCUACGAGGAGCUCCUGGCCAUCCCGGUCAUCCCCGGACGGAAAACCGAGAAAGAGAAAUUCGCCGGCGGCGACUACACCACCACAGUAGAAGCAUACGUGGGCGCCAGCGGCCGAGCCAUCCAGGGCGCCACGUCUCACCACCUCGGGCAGAACUUCAGCAAGAUGUUCGAAAUUGUGUUCGAAGACCCUGAGACGCAGGAGAAGCAGUACGUCUGGCAGAACUCGUGGGGAGUCACCACACGCACCCUUGGUGUCAUGGUGAUGGUGCACGGCGAUAACCAGGGCCUGGUGCUGCCGCCACGCGUCGCCGGCAUACAGGUGGUGAUCGUGCCGUGCGGCAUCACUGCCAGCAUGAAGGACACCGACCGGGACGCAUUGCUCGACUCGUGUCGGCGAUACGAGUCCGAGCUGCGCGCCGCCGGCCUGCGCACGCGCGCCGAUCUCCGGCUCAACGUGUCUCCCGGCUGGAAGUUUAACCACUGGGAGCUGCGCGGCGUGCCGCUGCGCCUGGAGCUGGGGCCGCGCGACCUGCGCCAGGACCAGUAUGUGCUGGUGCGCCGCGACACCGGCGACAAGGCGACGUUCGCGCGCGCCGCCGCCGCCACCGACGUGCCUUGCCUCCUCGAGGAGAUCCAGGCGAACAUGUUCGCGCGCGCCAAGGCGCGUCAGGACGAGCACGUCGUAGUGUGUCACGACUUUGACGAGUUCUGUCGCCGCCUGGACAACAAGUGUCUGAUUCAGGCGCCCUACUGCGGAGCUAUUGCCUGCGAGGAACGCAUCAAGAAGGAGUCGGCCAGGGAGGAGGCGGCGGAGCCCGGCGCACCAGCCAUGGGCGCCAAGGGUCUGUGCAUUCCGUUCCAGCAGCCCGCUGAGCUGGCAGCCGACGCGCGCUGCAUCUGUCCGAACUGCGACGAGAAGCCAAAGUUUUACACCCUGUUCGGCCGGAGUUACUGAGAGCCCGGCCGGCGGCGGGUCGGCUGUGUGACCUGGCGACGCUCGGUGGGGGUUUAGGUGACGGCCACCGGCGAACUGAAUACAGCCUGACCCGCC